AUGGCUCCCCCAUCCGCCACCGGACCCGCUGCCACUCCUGGCACCGCAACUCUCGAGCCGGGUCUCUCCCAGGCGCAAGCCGAGAAGAAGCAGGUCACGAUGCCUACGAUCGCCGGCCCGCCGAAGUUCGCGGAUAAGUACGCGGAGCGCGAGUUUCUGAAGGGGCGGCUGGUGCUGGCGUUCCGCAUCUUUGCCAAGUAUGGCUUCGACGAGGGGGUUGCGGGCCAUAUUACCUUGAGGGAUCCCAUCAAGCCGGAUCACUUCUGGGUGAACCCCUUCGGCGUGGCCUGGCCGCUUCUCAAAGCCUCCGACCUGAUCCUCGUCAACCCCGAAGGACAAGUCGUCGAUGGCGGCCCAUGCCGUCUCUUGAACGCAGCCGCCUACAUGAUCCACCACGCCGUCCACACCGCUCGCCCAGAGAUCAACUGCGUCGCCCACUCCCACUCCAUCCACGGCCGCGCCUUCUGCGCCCUCGGCCGGCCCCUCGACAUCAUCACCCAGGACUCCUGCGCUUUCCACGACGACCUCGCCCUCUACACCUCCUUCCGCGGCAUCGUCCUCGCCGAGGACGAGGGCGUUGCCAUCGCCGAGGCCCUCGGGACGCGCAAGGCCGCCCUCCUGCAGAACCACGGCCUGCUGACCUGCGCCCGGAGCAUCGAGGCUGCCGUCUUCUGGUUCAUGAGCUUGGAGAAGUGCUGCUACGCCCAGCUGCUGGCCGAUGCAGCGGCCGGGGGUCGCGGAGGCGAGACGGUCAAGAUUGACGAGAAGGAUGCGGCCUACACGUACCAGACGGUGGGCACCGAGAUGGCAGGCUGGUUCAGCGCGAAGCCUACUUUUGACAUCAUGGAGAGUGAGUCCGGGAUCUACGCAAAGCAUCCAGAUAUCGCUGCUGCUGCACCUGUUGCCAGAACUGCCCCUCCUGAGGCUGCUGUUGAUGAGAGCCUGGUUGCCCACGACUCAUCGUCUGAGGCUGCAUCCGAGAGACCUGGGGUUGGUGAGCAGCGGCGUAUCGAGGCUGCUGUUGAUGAGGACCCGUUUCACGAGGCUGCAUCUGACCCUGGCGAGCAGCCGGAUACUGAGUCUGUGGGAAAGGCCGUUGUGGUGCUAACCCCGGGGACAUCUUCCCCGGAGCAGGGUACAAUGGAAUCUGGCCGGCAGCACGCUGUGUCCCCUGGGCUUGGGGCUGUUGCCAGUAUCUCUGAAGCACUUGAACUUGCGCAGCAGGAUUGGGCUGCCGAGGUCGCAUUUGCUGGGGCGGAGCUUGGUAGGGUCGGUGCAUCUGAGGCUGCAUUUGGGCCGUCGCCGGUCCCGGGAAGGGCAUCUGCCGCGGCUGCGGGUGCGGUUGCAGAGCCGGUGGCUGUCUUUGCUGCAAAGGAUUUGGUCCGGGAGACAACAUCUGCGUCUGAUGGGAAGCUCGACCAGGCUGCUGGACUGCAGGCACCUGGUAAGGUACCUGCAAUCUGCGGGCUCCGGCAUCCAUCUGCGGAACCGGAGGAGAAGCUGGGAUAUGGUAGCCUCGGCCCAUGGCCGGACUUUGGGAACCCACGGGUGGGCAACGCCUCUUCGUCAAAGCGCCUACCUGGUCAGGCGAGAUGCCAUCCAUCGAUCUCUUCACACCCUGCGCUAUGGCUGGGAUUUUCAGAACCGGUUGAUGGCGAGGGUGAACCACGCCCGAGUCUGGCAGGCCCAUCAGACGCGGAGCUCCCUGCCUAG